AUGCCCGGCAGGGGAAGUUAUGGGGCUUCCCAGGUCGUCACCAUGCAAAACCCCCAUAGGAAGACCUCCAUAGGAAGAAUUCGAAUAGGAACAUGGAAUGUAAGAACCAUGCUUCGACCAGGUAAGUUGGAAACUGUCAAGAGAGAAAUGAAGAGGCAGAAUUUGGAUAUUCUUGGGCUUAGUGAAGUCAGAUGGGAAGACAGCGGUGAUUUUUUUAGCGAUGAAUUCAGGGUUAUUUAUUCUUGUGGAACUAAAGGAAAGAAUGGUGUAGCGUUUAUUUUAGGUGAGAAGGUAAAAAACUCAGUUGAAAGAAUUGAAUGCAAAGGUGACAGAAUUUUAAUGAUUAAAAUAAAAAGCGAUCCCAUGGACAUGAUGAUAUUUCAAGUAUACAUGCCUACUGGAGACUAUGACGAUGAAGAAGUAGAAGAAAUUUAUGACCAAAUUGAAGAUGUAAUAGAAAAUGAUAAAACUAAAAAAUGCCUAAUUGUUAUGGGAGACUGGAAUGCAUCUGUAGGAGAAGGAGGAGAUGGAAAAUUUGUGGGCAAGUUUGGGCUAGGAAAUAGGAAUGAAAGAGGCGAACGACUAGUUGAAUUUGCUACCAAGCAUCAAUUAAUAGUUGGAAACACAUGGUUCAAACAAUCCAAACGUCGACUAUAUACUUGGAAAAUGCCCGGAGACAUUGGAAGGUAUCAAAUAGAUUAUAUUCUUAUUCAAAGUCGUUUUAGGAAUGCAGUCAAGAAAAUUCAGACAUAUCCAGGAGCAGAUGCAGAUUCUGAUCACAACUUAUUAACUGCAGAUAUUGUGAUGAAAUUGAAAAAAAGUUUUGAGAGCCAAAAGAAUAAAAAGAUGGAAUUUGGAAAAGCUAAAUGGAAAUACUGGAUUAAAUUUUAAAGAAAACUUGGAAUAUAAAUUAAAAGAACUUCCAUAUGACUUUGACUGUGACCUAAAAAUUUAAAAAUAUACAGUAGAACCCCCUAUAACACAGGUUCAUAUAAGACAGAUUCGUAUAACAUGGUGAAAAAAUUGUGAUCGUGUUCGUAUAACAUGCUAAAAGAGGUUCGUAUAACAUGGUAAAAGAAUGAGACAGAUUGUCACGGCCGACU